AAAAUAAGGACAAAAUUUAAAAAUCCUCUCAUUUUAUUUAUAAUUUUUUACAACUAAAAUAUUUCUUAUGGAUGAUUUUUAUUAAACCACUUUUAUAUAGUUUGUAUGGCCGGAGUGAAGUCGUGAAUGUUGACAUUCAAUAUGGCGGUAUGUCGUCAGUGCUAUGCUGUGUCGUGCUUGUGAGUGUCGGUUUCGGGCAAACGGUAUAGCCUAUAGAUAGUAACAGAAUAUACGAUUACCUUCAACAAGCCGAUGUACCACAGAGCUCCGAUUCAGCAAGCAUUGAAGACAUCUGAGGAUCUAGUAUAUCAUAAUCAUAAGUAGAUUUAUUUUUCAAUAUUAGUGGUUUUGGUGAAGAAAUUGUGACACUUGUGAAAGAGACAUGUUGGUGUUCCAAUGAACACAAAGACUAAUGAAGAUGUGAUUUGUUUUCAAUAAAUUGUAACCACUUUUUAAAUUACAUUAUUCUGUGAUAUAUUCGUAAAUACAGCGUUUUUCGAGACAUAUACACAGAAGACACAGCACUAAACAAGGAAUAAUGUCAAGCAAUCCUCAGUGGAAGAUGUUCCAGCCGCCAGAUUCACACUCAUCACCCCUGCAGGAUAUUCUAGAUCUCCAGCAUUCUAACAUGCAGGCCAAACAGGCCUAUCGAAAUGGUACGUUUAGCAGCGAUUAUCCAAGUUCUCCAAGAGAUAAUUAUAACAACGUGGGAAAGACUGGCGGGGGUGGCGGCAAUCGCUUCACUCUCGCCAACUAUAACAUAGACGGGUGCCCGAUGGGCGACUCGGUGGGGGUCUACUCCUCCAGCUCCAACAACACAUCGUCCCAGCAAUACGACUCUGUCAACCACCCGCCUAUCAGAGAAACUGGGAUUAUUGAAAAGCUACUGCAUUCCUACGGAUUCAUACAGUGUUGUGAGAGGCAGGCGCGCCUGUUCUUUCAUUUUAGCCAGUUUAGUGGAAAUAUUGAGCAUCUGAAGAUCGGGGAUCCCGUGGAGUUUGAGAUGACAUACGAUCGACGUACGGGCAAGCCUAUUGCUUCCACAGUCACCAAAAUAGCACCUGAAGUGGUAUUGAGCGAAGCGCGAGUAACGGGCACCGUGACCACCGAAGUGAAGGGCGAGGGCUCCGGCGACAAUACGGGCAGGAUAUCGUACGAGAACCGCGGCGAGUGCUUCUUCCUGCCCUACACGAAGGAUGACGUCGAAGGCAACGUCACGCUUCACACCGGCGAUGCCGUCAGCUUUCAAAUCGCUACCAAUCAGAGGGGCACCCUGGGCGCAUGCCACGUGCGCUUCGAGAACCCCGUGCACCCGGUGAAGUACCACGGCGUGGUGUGUUCCAUGAAGGACAACUUCGGGUUCAUCGAGCGCGCCGACGUGGUCAAGGAGAUCUUCUUCCACUACUCGGAGACUAAGACCAAAGAGGAGCUCGCGCUGGGCGACGACGUCGAGUUCAUCAUUCAGACUAGAAAUGGAAAGGAAGUAGCCUGCAACAUAACGAAGCUGCCAAGCGGCUCGGUCGUGUUCGAGGACGUGAGCCCCGAGAUGAUGAAGGGGCAGGUGCUGAAGCCGCUGGAGAAGGGCGCCGCGCGCGCGCCGCAGAACGACCCGCUCCCCGGCCGCAUCCGGUACCGCGCCGCGGACCACUCCGAGGUCGAGGUGCCGUUCGGCGAUAAGGAUCAGUGCGGCGAGUUCACGCUGAAGCAUGGCGACUGGGUGCAGUUCCAAGUGGCCACGGACCGCAGGGAUCAACUCAAGCGCGCCACCAAUAUCUCCUUGUUGGAUGAGUCCUUCAACGUUUCUGGAGAGAGGCGGGAGCAAGGCGUGGUGUGCUCUCUCCGGGAAGGCUUCGGUUUCCUACGCUGCGUGGAGCGAGAGCAGACCAUGUUCUUCCACUUCGCGGAGGUGCUGCGCUUCGGCCUCAUGGCCGAGAACCCCAAGGACCCCAAGGACCCUAACAACGCCAACAAGUAUAUACUCAGCGUCGGUGAUGAGGUGGAAUUCACCGUGGACCCGGUGACGUCGUUCUCCAACAUGAACACGCGCCAGAGCGCCAUCCGCAUCAAGCACCUGCCGCCCGGCUCCGUGCACUUCGAGACCCUGGUCGAGCGGGGAGUGCGCGGCGUCGUCACUAAGGAGGCGCAGCUCUACACAUCCAACUCGAGCCCUACUAGGAACCCGCCUCCGGAAUAUAAUGGCGUUAUCAGUUGUCAAAUCAACGGAGCUAAGAAGAAUCUUACCUACAUGGCCAAGAAGUGCGACUCCAAGAUGCUGCCUCGAGUUGGCGAUAAGAUCAUCUUCGAUAUUUAUCAGGUGAAGAGAACCAAGGAGCUGGUAGCGAUGUCAGUGACGAUCCAGCACAGCCUCACGAACGGCGGCGCCAGCAACGGCAGCGCCUCCUCGCGGGGCGUGCUGCACGGGUUCAUAGCCGCGCUCAAGGACGGCUUCGGCUUCAUCGAGACCUCCGACCACAGCAAGGAGGUGUUCUUCCACUUCAGCAAUCUGGAGGGCAACCCGGACAACCUGGAGCUAGGCACGGAGGUGGAGUACGGGCUGGGUCGGUCGGGCGGGUCGGGCGGCGGGUGCGCCAGCGCCGAGUUCGUGCGCGUGCUGCCGCGCGGCACGGUGCCGCUCGCCAAGCCGCUCGAGCCCGCCCUCAACGGCACCGUCACCCGCACGCUGCGGGCGCUUAACCCGGAUCAACCUAAAUAUUGCGGUCUGAUUCAAAUGGAGGGCGGCACGUCAUACGAGUUCGGAAUCAUGGGGCUGGCGUGCAAGCGCGAGAUCCUGCAAGUCGGUGACCCGGUCACCUUCCAGGCGGACGCGGAGGGCCGCGCCACCAACAUCGUGCCUGUGCGCAAGAAGCGACGCGCCACCGUUGACGCCAUCAAAGGAGGUUUCGGUUUCCUGUCGCUGUCGGUGGAGGCGGAGGAGCAGCGGCGGCUGUUCUUCCACAUGUCGGAGGUGCGCGGCAACCCCGCCGACCUGCAGCCCGGCGACACCGUCGAGUUCGUCAUGCUCACCAACCCGCGCAACGGCAAGAGCAGCGCAUGCAACGUCGUCAAAGUCUCUAGUGGCAAGACGGGCGCGAAGCCCCGCCCGGAGCGGCCCGAGCGGCUGCUGGCGCGGCUGCGCACGGCCUCGCUGGAGGAGUCCGGCGCGCCGCGCGUGAUCGUGGUGCGCGGCCCGCGCGGGCCCGACGGCUCCCGGGGCUUCCGUCCGCGCCGACCCAUCGCAGAAUUAUUAGCCGAGUGAACAUCAGCGGGCGACGCACCGCGGCCUCUGGACACCGGCAGCUACGUUUGUAGGUAAACCUCCUAAUGGUUUGAUUUUCAAUUCAAAUUGUUUCAUUGUAUUCACGAGAGACUGACUGAUUCUCUUUUCUUUAGCAGCAUUUAGAGAAAUUGUUUUGUGAUUUUUACUAAUUGUAGGAGAAAAAAAAAACACUGUUAAUAAAUUGGCAGCUGCCAUGAUACCGAUCAAGUGACAUCCACGUUGCGGCUUGUGAUCAAUGAGCGAUGAACAUAUCAACUUUAACCGGACCUUUAUUAUUUGCUUGAUUACAAGUUUCCUUAUUACGUAGGUAAGAGGUUCUUUUUAGCAUGGCUACUUUGUUCAAAAUUCCGUUUGACAUAUUGUACUUUAGCUGUUAUUAUGGUUUGCCAAGUUCAGUUCCCGUGGUACCGAGCUCUCGAAUACUAUUGUAAAUACCCACCCCAGCAGUCAGCCGCCUGAUCUGUAACCGACUGACUGCUGCGUUGGAAAUCCAUUUGAAUAUAAUAAUGUGCUUAUUUGUAAGGAGAAAAAUCAUCUCUGACUCGUGAGUGUUCUGUACCCAGGACGCGUUCUGUCUGUAUGUAGGUGACACAUAACAAAUGAGGGUUUCUAGAUCUCACGCUAUUGUAACUUAUUGCAAGUGGAUCUCUGUCGGUUUAGUCUCUUCUGUGAUUAUGUAAUAUUUUUUUGUGCAAUACAUUUGUAAAACAAAAUUGGCCCGUUUAGGGCGGUAUGGCGCGUCGCUUGAUGCUUUGUAAAUUAUUUUCGCCGAUCUUACGAGCCCCGAGCGAUGGCGACCUAUUUUCGAAGUCUUAAAGGGCGCGACUCCACCUUGUGAAUUAAUCUUUAAAUAUAUCUACGCCUACCGCUCCGGGAAAUAGGCGUGAUUAUAUGUAUGUAUAUCUACGAGAAAUGUAAUUUAACACAGUUUACCCGACUUUACUGCUCAUGGUUAUAUUUUAAUCAAUUGUGCUUGACUCAUUUGUGAGACUUGGCGCCGAAUCACGAAUGUCAACAAUAUUAAUUCACGAAAUGGAUGAACCCUAACUAUGAAAACAGGUUCCUUGCCGAUAUAAGUCUUAUAAGAUACAGUUUGCCUUUUUGGAUGCAUGUAUUUACGAGUAAGUAGUGUAUUGCUUGCAUUGCCUAACUCACUUAAAGAAAUUGGCAAAUAUUUUGUUUGUAAAUUAUGGUGAUGGGGAUAGGUUCUUGUUAUAUACCAAAUCAAUGUUUACCAAAGGACUAGAGUAUCAUGGAAUACUCUAACUUGGUGUGACUACGUGUCUGGGUCAGUCGAUCAAUAAAAUCAAACUGUACAAUCUAUGAAAUAUGAUUUCCUGAAUCCCACAGUUAAUAAUUUUCUAUAAAAUUUAACAGUGGAAUUUGAAUCAUGUUGUGUAAGUAGAUAAAAUUUUUAUUAUUGAACAUUUUGUUUUCAAAUCAAAUUAAAAAUAAAAACAAAGAUUAUUUUUAUUAAAACUCUAGAUCACUUUUGUAGGUAUAUCGUUGUUUUUUCGAUCUGAAUCAAAUUAAAUGCAUAUUGUCUGUAUUUAAAACAUUAAGAUCGCAUUGUAAUCAGUGUGUACUCUAAGAUAGUACCACACGUUCAAUAAUGGCGAGUUAAAAUUCGCAUUCGCAUUCGUAAAAAGAAAAAAGCGGUAGGUUCUUUAUAAGUUAUGAAUUAGAUUAGGUACGCGCGCCACAGUGACUGUUGUGCACGGAGCGACGACACUAGCGAACUUCCGCUUUUAUUAUACCUAUCUAAUUAUUGCGUUACACCUUGCCUAUUUAGUAUGUUGUUCUAAUUCAUUUCAUUACAUUAUAGAGUGGCCCUCACCAAACAGUAAUACAACUGGUAUUGUAAAAAAAGGAAAUACUUACACCAAAACUUCAGAGUAUAAGGUGUUAUAAACUGUCAAAAUCCCAGUGUACAUUACUGUAAAUCUACAAUAUCUAUACCUGUUGUCUAUAUUUUGUUGUUGUUUAUGUGACGAAUAUUACGUUGAGUUCGUUUUGAAUGUAUAUAAAGAAAGGUAAAAAUUGUCCGGUGGUGUGUGUCGGCGCCCCCGCAGCGUCGGU